UAAAAAAAAGAGAGACAACAAGGAAGCGAUUGGAUAACACAGAGACACAUACACAAACACUCCCCCUCCCGUCCCGUCCCGUCCCGUCGUCAAUGACCAAACCCUAAAAAUCUAUUUCCUCUGACCGCAUCUGUUGUUGGUGAAAGGCGCAUUUGCUUUCGAGUGUCGUCGAUGCCCCCAAUCUGGGACCUGGGUACCGCUCCCUGAUUCUUUUGCUUCUCAAUCUUGCCCACACCUGCAGUAUCCCAUUUGUUGUGAGUGAAGAAGCUCCGAUGUUUUUUUCUUAGUUUCUUCCUUCUAUAGGUAUAGCCGUCUCUGGGGAUACCCCCUUAGGUUUGUUUUCCGGAUCUCUAUCUUAUCGGAUCUUUUGUCUUGUUAGAAGCUUGUGCCUCUCUCUCUCUCUACUCUUGAUCUGAAUCGUUUUUUUUUUUUUUUUUUGUUUUUUUGUCCUUUCUUAUUUAAAUUCGUUGAGAUUAGGGUGUGUAACAGAUAUCUUUCGAAACAUUCUGGCCUUGAGAUGACAUGAUCUCCUUCAUUCUGGAAUGUGGGUUUUAUCAUUAGGGUUCUUGAAAAGUCGGCAACUUUGGAUUAACAUAUAUAUAUAUAUAGAGAGAGAGAGAGAGAGAGACUGCUUUAAAAUAAACGUGUUUGUUUGUUAAUAGUUAGGGAAUUCAGAGAGCCAUGUCGUUCAAGAGUCUAAUUCAGGACAUGAGAGGAGAGUUUGGUAGUAUAUCUAGAAAGGGAUUCGAUGUCAGAUUCGGGUAUGGGAGAUCCAGGUCUCAACGUGUGGUUCAGGAUACUUGUGUUCCUGUUGAUGCUUUCAAGCAGAGCUGCUGGGCUAGUAUGCCUCCGGAGCUUCUCAGGGAUGUUCUCAUGAGGAUUGAGCAGUCCGAACAUACUUGGCCUUCUAGGAAGAAUGUUGUUUCUUGCGCAGGUGUGUGCAGGAACUGGCGAGAAAUCGUCAAGGAGAUCGUCAAAGUUCCUGAGCUUUCUAGCAAAUUGACUUUUCCUAUCUCCGUGAAACAGCCGGGUCCAAGGGGGUCACUUGUUCAAUGCUAUAUUAUGAGAAACCGCAGCAAUCAAACUUACUAUCUAUACCUCGGGUUAAACCAAGCAGCUUCAAAUGAUGAUGGUAAGUUCCUUCUUGCUGCAAAGAGGUUUCGGAGGCCAACUUGCACUGACUACAUCAUCUCCUUAAACUGCGAUGAUGUCUCGAGAGGAAGCACUACCUAUAUCGGAAAGCUAAGAUCUAACUUUCUGGGAACCAAGUUCACUGUCUAUGAUGCUCAGCCGACGAAUCCUGGAGCUCAAGUUACCAGAACCCGUUCAAGCCGGCUUCUCAGUUUGAAACAAGUGAGCCCGAGAAUUCCAUCUGGCAACUAUCCUGUAGCACAUAUCUCAUAUGAGCUUAACGUCUUGGGUUCCAGAGGACCGAGGAGGAUGCAGUGUGUCAUGGAUGCCAUCCCUGCAUCAGCGGUAGAACCUGGAGGAACAGCUCCAACUCAGACGGAACUUCUCCACAGCAAUCUUGAUAGUUUCCCCUCAUUCUCCUUCUUCAGGUCGAAAUCAAUUCGUGCAGAGAGUCUCCCUUCUGGUCCAUCGUCUGCUGCUCAGAAGGAAGGACUGCUUGCCCUGAAGAACAAAGCGCCCAGAUGGCAUGAACAGCUCCAGUGCUGGUGCCUCAACUUCAAUGGGAGAGUCACUGUUGCUUCCGUCAAAAACUUCCAGCUCGUAGCUGCUCCUGAGAACGGACCUGCAGGACCUGAGCAUGAAAACGUGAUUCUCCAGUUUGGAAAAGUCGGCAAAGAUGUGUUCACAAUGGACUAUCAGUACCCUAUCUCUGCCUUCCAGGCCUUCACCAUUUGCCUUAGCAGUUUCGACACCAAGAUAGCAUGUGAAUGAUUCCAACAACCCGGGUGACUCCGGCGGGUUUAUUUAGUUGUAUCAUGUUGAAAGAGAAAACUGGUGUGACCUCGUCUUAGAAAGUGUGUGUACAUAUUUUAAAAAGUCUUGGCAAGUCCAUACAAAGAGAGAGAGAGACAAAGAUCGAAGACAGUAGAUUGUGUUUGUUAUUCCUGUUGUGUUGUUAGCAAUUGUAGUUCCAGACUAUGAUUUUAUUUCUCUGAUAAUUAAAUUGAUCGUUUCUUUUGGAGAGUA